GGCGGGCAGGGCACAGAAGGCCACGGGGCAGCAGGGCCCUGAGGCCAGGCCCCCGCCCCCCGCCCCAGGGUGCCUGGGGGACGAGGCGGGGGUGGCCCCCGCAGGGCACGUGACCAGCAGCAAGCUGGCUCCCCGGGGGCACCCCAAGGUGGCCAGACCAGAGCAGCCACAGGAAGCCGAGAGGCCGGAGCAGGCCGCUGCCGUGGGGUCCGAGCUGGUGCUUGUGCCCGCUGCGGACAUGGAGGGCUACGGGGUGGGCGGCCUGGUGCCAGGCCUGGGCCCGGAGCUGCUGAGGCUCCACGAGGUCGAGCUGUGCCUGGCCCAGGAGCAGCUGCUGCUGGAGGACCGGCGUCGGCAGGCCCAGCUGCACAUGCGGCUGUGGCAGGAGGAGCAGCUCUGGCUGCAGCAGCUCCAGGAGCAGCAGGCCUGGGUGCGCAUGGAGGGGCUGGAGCUAGCCCUGGCCUUGGAGCAGCUCCGCAGCGAGGGCCUUGAGGCGCUGCAGACCCAAGACCCGGUCCCUGGCCCCGACAUGGCCCGUCGCUCCCAGAGCUCCUCCCAGGGGGACAACCCACUGGCACCUGGGUACCUGCCCCCACACUACAAAGAGUACUACCGCCUGGCCGUGGACGCGCUGGCUGAGGGCGGGCCAGAGGCAUACAGCCGCUUCCUUGCAUCCGAGGGGGCACCCGCUUUCCUGUGCCCCGAGGAGCUGGAGCACGUGAGCCGCCACCUGCGGCCCCCGCAGCAUGUUGCCCCCGAGCCCCCCGACGGCAGCCCCCCCAAUUUGGACUUCGAUGGCUCCUCCGGUACUUACUGGCCUGUGAAUUCCGACCAGGCAGUGCCUGAACUCGACCUGGGGUGGCCCCUGACCUUUGGCUUCCAGGGCACUGAAGUCACCACACUGGUUCAGCCACCGCCACCUGACAGCCCCAGCAUCAAGGAUGAGGCUCGAAGGAUGAUCCGCUCUGCCCAGCAGGUGGUGGCCGUGGUGAUGGACAUGUUCACCGAUGUGGAUCUUCUCAGUGAAGUGCUGGAGGCCGCUGCGCGCCGCGUCCCAGUCUACAUCCUCCUAGACGAGAUGAAUGCACAACACUUCCUGGACAUGGCCGACAAGUGCCGGGUCAACCUGCACCACGUGGACUUCCUGCGCGUGCGCACUGUGGCGGGCCCCACCUACUACUGCCGCACUGGGAAGUUCUUCAAGGGCCAUGUAAAGGAGAAGUUCCUCCUGGUGGAUUGUGCCGUGGUGAUGAGUGGGAGCUACAGCUUCAUGUGGUCCUUCGAGAAGAUCCACCGGAGUCUGGCGCACGUGUUCCAGGGCGAGCUGGUCUCCAGCUUCGAUGAGGAAUUCCGCAUUCUCUUCGCACAGUCCGAACCGCUGGUACCCUCGGCCGGGGCGCUGGCUCGCAUGGACACCUACGCCCUAGCUCCAUACUCAGGGGCUGGGCCGCUCAUGGGCAGCCAGAUGCCCGGGGCUCCCACCCCCUUCUCCUUCCCCAAACGCGCCCACCUCUUGUUCCCACCACCUCGGGAAGAAGGCCUGGGCUUCCCCUCCUUCCUCGACCCCGACCGCCACUUCCUGUCGGCCUUUCGCCGAGAGGAGUCUUCGCGGAUGCCCGGGGGUGCCCUGGAGCCGCACACGGGGCUGCGGCCGCUCUCACGACGGCUGGACGCAGAGGCCGGGCCAGGCGGGGAGCUCUCGGGCCCGCGGGGCUUCUUUCAGGCACGGCACCUAGAGAUGGACGCCUUCAAGAGGUACAGCUAUGCAGCCGCCGACGGUGCGGGCGCAGUGGAGAAUCUCGCGGCCGCGCGGCAGGUAUCACGGCAGACGUUCCUCAGCCACGGCGAUGACCUCCGCUUCCAGACCAGCCACUUCCACCGCGACCAGCUCUACCAACAGCACUACCAGUGGGACCCGCAGCUCGCGCCGACGCGCCCACAAGGCCUGUUCGAGAAGCUGCGGGCCGGCCGCCCUGGCUUCCCAGACCACGACGAAUUCAUGCUGGGCAGCGGGCCACGAUUUCCAGAGCUCGGCCUGGACGGACACCAGCGGCUGGACUACGUGCCAUCCAGUGCCUCACGGGAGGUGCGCCAUGGCUCGGACCCCGCCCUCGGGCCCGGACCCCGCGGUCUGGAACCCGGCGGGGCCCCUCGCCCCAACCUGGGCCAGCGCUUCCCUUGCCAAGCGAUGACGAGGCUAGGCCCAGAGACGGCGCCCGAGCCGGAGCCGGAGCACAGGGGUGGGCCCGAGGGGCGGGCCGGACUGCGGCACUGGCGCCUCACCUCCUACCUGAGCGGCUGUCACAGCGAGGACGCUGGCGACGAGGGCCUGCCCACACCCAUGGAGACCGAAGCCUAUGACGAUGACGUGCUGGUUUCUGGGGGUCGGGCGACUGCUGGGGACCUGCUUCCCUCGGCCUUCCGUGUGCCCGCGCCCUUCCCAGGCAAAGGCCCAGCGCCAGGCUCUGGCAGCGGUGGCGGCGAUGGCCCAGAGCGUGAGGGCCCGGAGGAGGUGGGCCUGGCCAAGCAGGACUCUUUCCGCUCACGCCUGAACCCGCUGAUCCAGCGCAGCUCCCGGCUGCGCUCCUCGCUCAUCUUCAGCGCAUCGCAGGGUGAGGGCACGGGCGGAGCUGCUGGGGCCUCCGCAGAGAAGGUGCAGCUGCUGCACAAGGAGCAGACGGUCAGCGAGAUGUUGGGGCCCGGCAAUGAAGCCGUGCGCUCUGCUGCCUCCACCAAGGUGGCCGAGCUCCUGGAGAAGUACAAGGGCCCCUCUCGAGACCCUGGCGGUGUGGGGACAGCGGUCACAGUCGCCAGCCAUAGCAAGGCUGUCGUGUCCCAGGCGUGGAGGGAGGAGGUGUCUGCGCCUGGUGGCGGCGGUGGGAGCGAGCGCCGCAGCCUGGAGAGCUGCCUGCUGGACCUGCGUGAGUCCUUCGCACAGCAGCUGCACCAGGAGGCGGAGCGACAGCCGGGAGCUGCCACUCUCGCCGCCACCCAGCUGCUGGACACGCUGGGCCGGGGCAGCAGUGGCACAGACCGGCUGCCCUCUCACUUCCUGUCCACCCAGGGCCACUCCACCUCCCCACAAGGGCGGGACAGCCCCCCACCAGAGGGGCCUGGGGGGCACCAGUCUGAGCCAAAAGGGAGCCCCACCUUAGCCUACCCGGAGCGCAAGGGGAGUCCCACUCCUGGGUUUCCCACCCGCAGAGGCAGCCCCACCGCUGGAUUUACUGAGCAGAAGGGGAGCCCCACUUCUGCCUAUCCUGAGCGCAGGGGUAGCCCAGUGCCUCCUGUUCCAGAGCACAGGGGCAGCCCUGUGCCCCCUGUGCCUGAGCGCAGGGGCAGCCUCACCCUUCCCUUCUCCGGGGAGUCUCCAAAGGCCGGGCCCACAGAGGAGGCAGUUGGUGGCCCCAUGGAGGUCCUGCGCAAAGGCUCCGCGCGACUGCGGCAGCUGAUGAGCCCCAAGGGUGAGCGGCGGGCAGACAAUGAAGGCAGCUUUCCGACGCCGCAGGAGAACGGGCAGCCUGAGAGCCCCCAGCGGCCGUCCCUAGGCCGGGUUGACAGCACUGAGGCGGCUGCAGAGGAGCGGGGCCCGCGGGCACGCGUGGCUUCAGCCACAGCCAAUGCCUUGUACAGCAGCAACUUGCGGGACGACACGAAAGCCAUUCUGGAGCAGAUCAGCGCCCACGGCCAGAAGCAUCGUGGAGUUCCCGCCCCGGGCCCAACCCCGGCCCACAGCAGCCCAGAGCUGGGUCACUCGCCAGUGGCCGGCGGCCUGGCCCCUGACAUGUCCGACAAGGACAAGUGCUCGACCAUCUUCCGCUCGGACAGCCUGGGGACCCAAGGCCGGCUGAGCCGCACGCUGCCUGCCAGCGCAGAGGAACGCGACCGGCUCCUGCGCCGCAUGGAGAGCAUGCGCAAAGAGAAGCGCGUCUACAGCCGCUUUGAGGUCUUCUGCAAAAAGGAGGAGCCAGGGGCUCUCGGGGCCGCGGAGGGCCCUGCUGAGGAGGACGCCAGGGACAGCAAGGUGGGCAAGUUCAUGCCCAAGAUCCUGGGUACAUUCAAAAGCAAGAAGUGAGUCACCUGGCCUUCCAGCCUAGGCCAAGGUGCCUGCAUCACCGUCGGGCAGAACACUUGGCCCUCAGCCAAAGCCCAGGGACCUAGCUGAGCCAGCCAGAGUCCGCUCCACCUGAGGCUCAGCAGGCGGCCCUCCUGGCCUCGUGCCCCUGGGUCUCUCCUCCCUUAGAGCUUCAGCCCCAGCUGCCCUCUGACUUACCACCCCAGCUCUGGGCCUGCAACCUCUGCCUCUGGACCCUUAGCCUCCCCUUCUUAGGCAUCUGUCUCCCCCACCUCUCUGUGCCUUAGGCCCCCAUACUCUGGGGUCCGUGUGUCUCAGGGCUUCCGUGUCUCAGGGGUCCCCUCUGCUUGUGGUCUGGCUGGGCUGCCCUUGUCCACUGCUUGGCAGUCCCCUCCUCUCCAGGCCUCCUGUCUUCUCAGGGCCUGUUUCCACACCCGUGUUUGAGGUCUUAGGGCUCACUUCCUGCCCUUUCCCCAGCGCAUUCCCUCCUUCCCUCCCUCCGGGCCCCUUCCCUGGUCACCAACCCUUCAGUGGGGGAGGGGCCGCCCUGGUGAGAACUGAACCAGGUGUGGCCGCCACUCCUGCAGGGCCCCGGCCAGCACCCUGCAAGGGCGAGAACCCCUGGCUUUGUGGCACAACAAGCCCAAUGGAUGAUGGGAGGCCCUGGCCUCACGAAGCGUUCCUGGCAGAUGGCAUGUUCACAGGUGCAUCCGCAGUCACACCUCAGAAAGGGGCUGGAUGUGGAGCCUUGUUCUGUGAGGGCAGAGGACGGUGUGUGAUGGCCCCUGAGCCCUGGCACACUGCUCUGAGGGGUCUCGGUGCCCCUGACGUGGGACCUCUGCACCUCAGUCCCUCAUCUAAGUAAGUGGUCCUUGCCCUGCAGGCGCCCAGCAGACCCAGACUCCGCCCUCUUGUGCAUCCUUUCCCCUUUGUCACCAGCCCCCCCAAAAUCUGUCCGAGGUUCCCCAUGUAGCUUUCUUGUAUCUUUUUUAUUUUUCAACUCCAGAUAGUAACUGAUCUGGAAUGAUUCGUUUUGGCACCAAAUGCUUCAAAAGCCGCCUCUGCCCUCCCCAUAGGUGCUGGUGUUCUUAAAUUAGUGUUUGUGCUAUUUCUUUUUAAAUAGUUUUUUUUUUAAGUAUAGGAAACCCUAAUUGCUCUUUGGGGACUGCCGGGUAUGGCCUCAGUCCUGACUGAGCCCCUGUACCCUGGUGGCCCACGGUCUCGUCACCAAAGCCACUGCCCAGGUGGGGUGACAGCAGAGACUUUGGUUCGAAUGGAAAAGGCCGCUAGGGAGCUGGAUGAGCUGGAGUGUCUCUGGUCCUCGAUGUGCUUGCUGACACGUUUGGUUUGGCCUGGCCUGGUGUGCAGCUGUUCUGAGCAGACCGGGCUGGGCCUGUCACUGAUGGACAGCCCUCACAGAAAGUGGAGGUUCUGCCCAGGGAGAGUCCCAAGGCCCUCGGACCCUCCCGUCUGCGUCCUUCACAUCAUGCUCAAUAAGACCUCACCUCAAUGUGAUUCUGCACAUUUUGGUGUUAAUAAAAAAACAACACGUGAAA